AUGCCCAGAGCUUUCCUCGUGAAAAAGGCGUGCGUUUCCACCGGCAAGAGGAACUGGAGCGAGCUCCCAGAUGAAGAAAGGGGAGAGAUUUACGUCCCAGUCUCGCUGGGCGGGUAUGCCCUGUGGAAAGAUCUGGAGCCUUCCGUUGCGGAACCCCCUUCGUACUCAAUGCCCCUGGACAUGACAAUACGAGACUCCAGCUACCUGGCAACGCAGCCCCAUUGUAUGGCCCAGGUCCCCAAUGGAAUACCCCAGGAUGGAGAACCUGGAUUCUUGCGCCCCAAGAUCAAGGUGACCCAGGGCGAAGGGCCGGGUGAGCAGUUCUGUUGCCCCAUUUGCCAGAAAGGAUUCUCCUACCAGCGGAUGUUGAACCGCCACCUGAAGUGCCACAGCCAGGUGAAGCGGCACCUCUGCCCCUAUUGCAAUAAAGGCUUCAAUGACACCUUUGACCUCAAGCGCCACGUCCGGACGCAUACGGGUGUGCGUCCCUACAAGUGUGAACUCUGUGACAAGGCCUUCACUCAACGCUGUUCCCUUGAGUCCCACCUGAAGAAGAUCCAUGGGGUGCAGCAAAGUUAUGCCUACAAGGAGCGCCGCGCCAAGCUGUACGUGUGCGAGGAUUGCGGAUCGACUGCUGACAGCCAGGAGGGUCACAUGCGCCAUUUGCAGGAGCGCCAUCCAGAUAGUCCGCUGCUGCGCAAGGCUUCGCGCAAAUCGUCUACCCUGCUCCACGGCACCACCCCGCCACCCUCUCUGCUGCAGGGCGACUCUUGCCUUUGA